AUGCUAACUCUUUACACCACCCAGGGACUCCCUCAGAGAUCAGAAACUCCAAAUAUGGAUGAAACACUUAAGGUGAAACCAAGACAGGAGGAGCCAAGCCUUCCACUGGCUUCUGAAGAAGAGAAGAGUACAACCCAACCAGAAGAAACUGACCAAAAGAAGCCAAAAAAAGACAGUGCAGGUCCCUCAAGCCACGAACAGAGCCACAAGACUGAGAUUUAUGCUAAGAAGACAACAGAUCAGGCUUCAAACACUGAUGCAGCUGGGAGUCAGGGCUACCCAGUGUCAGCAGCACAUGGAAGAAAACGUGGAAGGAAAAGAUCAAAUACUUCAGGAAUGAGUGAGUGUGGAUCCAAAGGAAGAAGACUUAAAAAAUCCAGUCAAGGCCGUGGCCUAGGAGAUCGAGCUGGGUCCCCAUCUGCUGAGAAGACUGCCAGGGAUUGCCCUCUCUGGCACCUGCCCUUGGAGAAGCAAGUUAUGGAGCAACCCACAACUCCAGAAGCAGAAACAGCUACCCCUCAGGAGUUGCUAAGUGCCGGCAUAGAUGACAAAGCCAGAAAAGCAUCAUCAGCACCACAACCCAUACCUGAAGACAUGAGAGAGUCCAUGGUUAGUGGUCCACCACCAAACAAUGAAGAUAGGGCUUCUGGAGCUGAGAAUACAGAAGCCAGGGCUUCUCUUUUACCAGUAGUGGAAAGCCCUUCUACAACCCAAGAAGAUGUCAUUCCCCCAGUGAGACUGGAGGCUCAGGCAGUUAUGGAUCCUUCUCCCAUCCAGUCAGAAGGGGAAGCAGCUUCCAGCCUUGAUUCACAAAAUGCCCAAUUUAAAAUGGAGUCAGCUCAGGAUACACCAACCAUCUGCAAAGAAAAGCCUCCUGGAAACGUGCUCCAGGCCUUUACAGCAAGCACUGCAGAUACAGCAAGUGCUAGGGCAGAUAGAGGCAUUUCUGCUGCGAGGCUGCCUCCCAGAAGCCUUUUUCAGGCUUUGGAGAGGCCUGAAGACUAUCAACAAGUCUCAGAUUCAGAGAGUACUUCAGAAGAGGAGAGUGAUUCUGAGGAGCAGCUGGCUCCUGGACACUCUUUCCAGUCCUUGGAGAAGCCUGAAGAUGAACAAGAAGUCUCCUCAGAAUCAGAAAGUUUAGCUGGGGAAUCGAGCAGUUCUGGGCAGCAGAUGGCUCUCAGACACUCAUGCCUUUCCGAGGCUUUGGGGGAGCCUGAAAAUGAAGAAGUCUCCACAGGAUCAAAUAGUUAUGUUGAAAAGUACAAUAGUGCUGAGGAUUGGAGCAGCUCUGAGGAAGACCUGCCUCCCAAACACCCUUCCCAGGCCUUGGGAAAGCCUGAAGACCAACGAGAAGUCGCCUCAGUUUCAGAGAACACUCCUGAGGAGUGGAGUGUUUCUGUGGAGCAGCGGCCACCCAAAUGCCCUUCUCAGCCCUUUAUGAGGCCUGUUGUUCAGCAACAAGUCCCGUCAGGUUCAGUGAGUGCUUCUGCAGAAUGGAGUGGUUCUGUGGAGCCAAUAAUUUCUAUGGAGCCUCUGCCUUCCAGACGCACUUUUCAGCCACGGAUGAGCCCUAAAGUCAAGCAACAAGUCUCUUCAUUUCCAGAAAGCACAGUUGUUGAAGGGAGCAUUUCUAUGGAGCAUCUGCCUCCUAAACUUUUUUCCCAGUCUUUGAUGAACCUUAAAGUUGAGCAAAAAGUGUUUUCAGGUUCAGAGGGUGUUGCUGCUGAGAGGAUCAUUUCUGUGGAACCACUGCCUCCCAGAUAUUCUUCCCAGUCCUUGCCAAAUCCUAAAGUCCAGCAAAUCUUCUCAGAGAGCACAGCUGUUGAGGAGGGAAUUUUUGUGGAGCCGCUGCCUCCUGGAUGCACUUUCCAGCCCUCGAUGAGGCCUAAAUUCCAGCCACGGAUCAUUACUUUAGAUUCAAUGAGUGCUUCUGCAGAAUGGAGCGGUUCUGUGGAGUCACCAGUGCCUCCCAGACACCCUUCCCAGCCAUGGGUAAGCCCUAAAUUUGAGCAACAAGUCUCUACAGGUCCAGAGAGUACUGCUGUUGAGGUGGGCAUUUCUACAGAGCAGCUGCCUUCCAGACAUCCUUCUCGAUCCAUUGUAAGACAGAAAGUCCAGCAAAUUUCCUCCAGUUUUGAGAGUGCUGCUAUUGAGGGGGGCAUUUCUGGGAAGCCACUGCCUCCCAAAUAUCCUACCCAGGUCUUAAUGAGAUCUAAAGUCCAGGAAAUGUCCUCACAUCUAGAGAACACUGCUGUUGAAGAAGACAUUUCUACGAAAUCGCUGCUUCCUGGGCGUCCUUCCCAGUCAUUUGUGAAGUUUAUGGCACAGCAAGUCUUUUCAGGUUCAGAGAGCCCUGCUGUUGUGGGGGGCACUUAUGUGGAUCCUCUGCCUCCAAAUCAUUCUUCCAAAUCUCUGUUGAAGCCUAAAGUCGAGCACCAAGUUUUCUCAGGUUCUGAGAGUGCUGACAUUGAGGAAGGCAUUUCUAUGAAGCCGAUGCCUAUGAAGCGCCGUUUACAGUCUUUGGAAAGGCCUAAAGACCGACAAGAAGUUUCCUCAGAUUCAGAGAAUACUCCAGAGAAGUGGAGCAGCUCUAAAGAGCAACUGCGUCCCAGACACCUUUCUCAGGCAUUGGGGAAGCCUGAGCACCAGCAAGAAAUCUCAGUUUCUAAGAGCUUCCCUGAGGAGAGGAGGAGCUCUGAAGAGAAGCUGCCUUCCAGACACCCUUUCCAAGCCACAGAUUCCCAGCCACAGACUUCCUCAACAGGCUCAGUGAAUGUACCUGUAGAGUGCAGCAGAGACUCUGAAGAACAGCAACAGAGUGCUACUGCUGAGGGAUCCAUUUUUGAGAGUGAUGCUGGCAGCCGGUCCCUACCAAGAGCUCCGGUUUCUCCAAACAAAACCAAGAGGCACAGCCAAAGCUCCGAAGACCUCAUUAAGUCUCUUUCUACCAAACCUGUGAAGUUCAUCGCUGCUCCUGCCCAGCAAACAUCCAUUUCUGGGGGUCUUUACUCUAAGAAAGAAGUUCUUGAGAGAGGUGAACAGAAUGAUAACAAGCUUUCAAGUUCACCUGCCAGUGGGGCUGAUAUUGAAAACCUUUUUGGAGUGAAGCUGAGAAGAAUCCCUUCCUCGCAGAAGUACAAGAGUGAGAAACAAGGUGAAUUUACCAAGCUUCCUACAAGCCCCUUGGGCCCAACUUCAUCAUCCAAAGGAAGAGAAUAUCAAAUCAGAAGAACCGCUUCCCUGGGGCGCCUGGGAACCUCAGACAAUCUCACAAGAAUGGCUGACUUGGCAGAGAAGCAACAGGUGGGGCCCAAAUCUGAAGGCAUAACCAAGAAGCAACCUGCUUACAAGAUCCCAGAAAAGCCUCCUCGUCGACAGUCAGAUCAUGCCACCUCAGAGCCAACUUGGAUAACCAUGGUAAAGCAGAGGCAGAAGACUUCCCAGGCUCACGUUCCUAUGAAACAACUUAACACCAAGAAAGGAGAUGGAGCCAAGGCUAAGACUAAGGAGACUCGAUAUGGGGGCGCUAAACCUGCAAAUGAAAAUCGACAAAAGGUUUUUGUUUCCAAUGUCUAUAGACAGGAGAAGAUGGCACAGACAAAGCUACCUAAGUCUACCAAAGCAGUUGAAGAUCAGAAGAUGGUUCAAGUGCCUGCCAUGGAAAAAGAAAUCAAAAGAUCUGCAACUCUGCCAGCAGUGCUCCAAGAGCCCGCUGAGCCGGCUGAACCAGUUUGGUUCUCCCUGGCCAAGAAGAAAGCCAAAGCAUGGAGCCAUAUAGCAGAAAUCAUGCAAUAAAUAGCUCAUGGGUUGAGCGUCAGCAUUUUAAAUGAUAAUUACCAAUAGCUGUAUUAAUUCCAUGUAGUGGUUUCUUGACUGCGAUGAUUUUUAAUUUAGCAAAAGAGCCUUAGAAAUGAGAAUUAAAGCUUAUAAUUAUUUGAAUGACAUAAAUGCCACGAAUGCCUAACCUUCAGUACAGUCACUGCCAGCAUCAGGAAACCCAGCAUUUCCUCUCUAAAAAAUAUGGAAAAUCUUUGCACUGCUGUAGAAUUACAAAAUCUUUAACAUUGAACAAUGUGCUUUGGAAGGAAGAAAGCAAAAACAUUUUGUGGGAGCAGCUAAGAGGUUGUCAUUUCCCUUAACCAAAUAAAGUAUUUCUACUGGAAAAAUCCAGAUGAUUUGGCCCAAGGAUUGGAUUUUAGGCUUCAUAAGCCAAGUUAAAUGCUUCAAUUCUUUGGUAGCUGCUCCCAGUUUUAUAAAGGUUCCCAGAAUAGGUGGUGGAAGUGAAAAUUCUGGGUCUCCGAGAAAAAUUUUGCACGGCCAGUCCCCCAGUUACACUACCUUUGGAAACAUCUUCCCUGUAUCCCUGGGGAGAGGGGCAAUGCCUG